AUGCUCUCCCGCACUCGCCCUGUUCUCCGUCCCCUAGCCUCUACUCGUCUUGUGCUCGCGAGGUCGUACACUGUGUCGACCGAGCCGCCCAAGGGCCAGGAUGCCAAGGCCAACGAGCCGCCUCUACCCCCGCCUCCGGCAGAGCAAUCGAGCUCGAAGACGUUCAUGAUCAUCGCAGUAGCAGCUGCCAUUGCGGGCGCAGCCUUCGUCCCGUGGUACAAGAGCGAGAAAGAGGGUGUGGUCGACACAGAGCACCUCAUUCGCGAGCGCGAACUGGUGGGCGACCGCGAACGGAUCGAAGCCGAAAUGGCCGCAGCGCGCCGGUAA